AGACAGAGGGAGAGAGGGAGCGUCACGCGUCGGCCGCUCAGUGGCCACCAGCCGCAGUUUCCCUUUUGGGCUUGCGAGCUCACUGCGCUGCGCGCUUCACCCACACCCUCGGGCCCCAGUACGAUCAAUCAACCAAAGAAAAGAAGCACAUUGGGGUCCGUCGGCGGCGGACCGGGCACCGGCGCGGCGGCGAUCCAUGGACAUGGGCGAGCUCUUCAACCCAGGCUGCGGCGGGGCGGGCGGCGCCGGCUGCGACUGCGGGGACUGCGAGGAGUGGAGGCGCUACUGCUACUGGAACCACGACCACGGCACCAAGCAGUUCCUCCUCUUCGCCUCCCACGACAAAGAUCAUCUGUGCAUACCAUGGGAGGUCUCAAGCCAGCUGAGAGAUAUGAUCCCCGACUCCGAGCCUAUCAAACUUGAAACUCCUGACGGUCGCACGUACAGUGUUAAAUUCUUCAAGUUCGGCCGGAUAACUCUUACGAGUGGGUGGCGGGGCUUUGUGGAUGCAAAUCACAUAGAAGAGAACAACCCCAUGUUGUUCGUGUACCGUGGGAAUUCAACCUUUAAGGUUCAAAUAUUCAAUUCAUCCGGCCGCGACAAGUUUUUGCCCUGUUCUCAACCACCUUGCAAUCAUCGUGUGCUGAAUGAACAAGUGGUGCCUCAUCCUGAACAUGUUGAUAGCUCAGCCCACUUUGGCUAUACCAUGUUGCCCGGGAGCUUUGUAACCAAAGCACAAGAUGAUAAAUUGCUAGAAUGGGCUAAUACCAUCAAGUCUGGAUUUCCUCUUUUUGUGGCAGCCAUGGACGAGAGCAAUGUCAGCUUGAUCGACUGCCAUGUUUACAUACCACUGAGGCUUGUGGACCAGUUCAAAGAGGUUGUCAAGAUAGUAGCCCUUGACAAGAGUAUAUACGUUGUUGGAGCAAAGAAGCACAAUGAGGAUCAAAUCGUACUCCAAUCUGGGUGGGAUAGGUUUGUGACUGAUCAGUGCAUACAACAGAAUGACUUCCUCAUUUUCAUAAUUCAGGGGGAAACUCGCCUCAAAGUUCUCGUCCUUGACCCAAGCGGUAGUGAGAAAACUUUUGCCAUGGGAAACUCUUCCAAUGCCCAAGAAAAGCCACCACUCCCACCUACAGUUACUAACCAGAGUUCUGAGGACAAUGAACUUACUGACCAGAGUUCUGACAAUGAACUUACCGAACUGAGUUCUGACAAUGAACUUACUGACCAGAGUUCUGACAAUGAACUUACUGACCUGAGUUCUGAUGAUUAUGAAGUCCUGGGAACAGACACUACAACGUCAAGGAGGGAGCAGAGGCCGCUACGAAGCUGUCGUGCAAAAGCUGAGAAGAUGGGUUCAACAUCCUGCCCUUCUACUAAAUCAGAUCAUAGACACAAAGCUGGCAACUCGAAUGAAGCGAUUGGAUCUGAAACGGCAGACGGUGUUUCGAAGCCAAUACAGCUGGUGAGUUGAGAACUUCAGAUAGCACGUGCAAUAUGCAUAGUCCAUUUCUCAUCCAAAAGCUCGCAAAAUUUAGAACCAUUUUCUUGCUGAAUUAGUCGUCGGCCUGAGAGAGAUCCGAUCGCCAUCUUGACUGAUGAGCUCAUGUGUUACCUAAAACAUGUGUUGAGCAGGAUUACAGCAACUUCUCCCGAGUUAAUACUGCAUAUGGAAUGUUGGGAUUAUUUUCUUCAGUGAACCACUGUCUAAACCUCAUACUCAGCUAUGAAUCCCUUUCAGAAUGCAUAUAGUGAACUUGGGAAUAAGGGCAAGUAUGGGCACGCAAAGAAAAGGUGUUUGUACA